GCCGUUAUCGCUGUGCAUACAGGGACUUGAAGUUAUUUUCCACCUCGCUCUUGCGUUAUCUUUGCCGUCGCGAAUAACGCAAAAAACUACUACUCCCAGUAGGCUAGGCGGUAGAGGCGAGGUUAGGUAUCCAUGACACCCCAGUUGUUGUUGUUAUGGUCAGACUUUCAGGGUGGAAGGAUGAAAACAUUUAAAGGUGCAGAUUUACUCACCUUAUCAUAAAAUCAAUAUAAAAGACAUGUAACCCGUUACAUUCCACAAGUUCUCGUUUGCGCUGUUGGGUCGUGUUAUUGUUUUAAAAAUAUACAUUUGAAUAUUUAGACUUGAGUGGUAGGCCUUUAUCGGACCAGGGACUCGAGUAGGGCGAGUGUAAGAACGAGAUAGGAUGCUACACCCCCGGCUAAGGAGGCAGCGGGGCCGGGGUUCAGCAGAUAGCGAGCAGAAGGAAGACUCGGGGAUAACGAUGUAAUAAUAAAAAAGGCACUAACAAAAGAAUGAUUUCCAGAUACAACAGAAAGUCCGUGUCGCAUAACCUCGAAAUACGUGGCCUAUCUAGAAGUAGUUUAGAGCACCACCCUCUGCCGGACAUUGAUGAUGAGUUUCUCCCAGACAGCUUUUUACAUGAUGUGAAAGAGGCUGUUUCCACCUACAGCAGUGAGUCCUCAGAGGACUGCCAGACAGUCACUGGAGCUGACAUUGCAAACUCCUGGUCUGCCAUCCAGAGUUACACUGGGACCGGGGUCUCCACAGAACGCAGCUCUGUAUUUUCCUGGGGCUACGAUGAGUUUGACAAGGCGGCCUCGCGGCAGGUGCAGCAGAUGUUUGAGGAGAUUGAUGAGCUGCUGUACGAGGGCACAGCGAUCGCACAGAUGUGUGGUCUACAGGAUGAGUGCCAGCAGUGGAAGUCACGGUUCCCACACCUCAGGAUACUGGGCUCUCAGGUAGUAACCCCGACUGAUGAAGGAUAUAGGUGGUAUUCUACCCCUGGGAGUCCAGCAUCCAGAGCACCAGGUGUCAGUCACAGGGAGCGGGAAUCCACAGAGUUGAGUGUUGUGGGGAGGAAGGCCCCUUUCUCCAGACCCCGCUCUGGCAAAGACCGUGAAACAUCAAGACGUCCCUCCUCCCAGUACGAUGGCUCCCGGGACCCCGAAGAGGACACCAGGGUGAUUGCAGCAGAGGGUCUGAUGGAGGAGUACUUAGCUUUCGAUUGUAAGGACAUGGAUGAGGAGGCUGCUGAGAAGAGGCUAGGCUGCCUCACACGGAGACACAGGCUGGGGUUCCCACCCAUAUCCCCCUACCGCUGCAUGAAGGAGGCCGUGCUGGACGAAGUGUUUGAUGAUGUCUGGAGGGAGUUGGUGGGCUGCAUGGAGGAGCUCAUCCGCAGGCAUUGGGAGGGAUCCAUCUCUGACGACGAGAGAAAUGCAGUGACCAUAGCCACGUCCAGGGUGGAUUCGGAGAGCCCCUUCAUGCUGUUUUCUGCCUUGCCUGUGGUUCUGCCCCGAGUGACCCAGUCCAGAGUGCCCCCCUUUACCCCCAACCUGCAAUCACAGAGUUCAAAGUCCACAUCCAGACGGAAAUCCAAAACGAGGAGAAAGCCUUCUAAAGCUAGCCGAGCCCAGGCUGGGGCAGGGGGUCAUCAUUACAACCUGCACGACCUGAUUGUGAUUCACGGCAUCCCCCUGCAACAGAGGAACCUGGCUGCCAUGGACAAAACACAGGAGCCGGAGGAGAGGCCACCCCUGUGCCCUGGGUCCAGCGCUGUCCCGUCCAGCCGGCCUCGUCCGAGACGCACCCUGGAGCAGAGCAGCUCCUCCCUGUCACGCCCCCCGCAGUCCGCCCGCCGCCGCAACCCCCCUCCCCGCACCCUGCACCCCAUCACCCCCGGCCUGUCCCAGUCUGGGACCCCUGGCUCCAUGGACGAAGUCAUCCGAGGAACACGACUACCCACAGCGAGCGAUCGGUUGUCUUCCCCGCUGAUGCCCCUGAGCCGAAACAAUCGCCUGCCCCCGAUCAGCUUGUGUGAACCAGAGCACUCGAACCCAGCGCAUACUGGCCGCCACCAGCAGAAGCACCGUGGAACCUCCAGUCGAGCUCACAGCGCGGUGGUCGACGACAUGGGCAGCCUGCCUCUCCAAGACAGGCUUCAGGGACCAGACCUCCACUCGCGGCCCAACACCACACAUACCUUCAGGUCGGACACUCCUUAUCGACGAUCCUUUACUGUCCUCGAUAACAUAAACCAGACCCGCCCAGGCAGGGGAUCUGCAGGUACAGAUUCUAUCAGUAUUGGGGUGACUGGGAUCAGUCUGGGGAUCAGUAGCUCCUCUUUCUUAGACUCUUUCCACCACCACCCACUGGGGCACUCCCCAAUCGAGGAUGAGGAAGAGGAGAGUGAAGACCAGCUGGCUCCAGGUCUCACCAUUCCUGUUCAGAUCCGCUCACACAGCAGAGGUGGAUUCACAUCCAGAAGCAGCAGACAGGGACUUUAGCAGGACCUCAAGAUGAUAUCCCGCAAUCUACUUCUGUUCUAUGAGGCAAAACCUCAGGACCAGAAAGACUCCCAAGAAAAAAUGGAGCCACACUUUUUAUGAUGGGGGGAGGAGGAGGAGGAAGAUAUUUGUAAACUGCAAACUACAGUUUUUCUACAAUUUAAGUGGCUGCCAAAGACAGUAUGCAAAACAAUCAGUUAUUAAGCCAUUUCAAUGUAGAUUUAGGUUCUUUUUUAUUUUAUUGUGCACCUGAUGUUAGUUUUGUGAUUUUUAGCCCAUGAUUUCCAUGUUGCAUCAAGGUAGAAGUGAAAGGAAUAUAAUUGAGUAUUAUAUGAGCACUAGGAUAAAAUCAAUUUUAUAAAUAGUUAACUUGGUAGUGUCCAUUAUACACAAUUUUGGUUAUAAUUCAUACCAAACUAGGUAUACUUUAUAAGUGAUGAGUGAUGGGAUUUAAAUACUGUAUUUGCAGCUGUCUCAACUGGUCUUGAGCUUGCUUGGAGGCGUUUAGCUAUGAUUCUGAGUCCAAAGAAGUCUUGCGAUACAGUAUUGUAAGUUGGUUCUAGAGUUCAGUGUUUUGAUCGGUUCAUCUGGAAUUAUGGUUCUGUACUCACUGUCUUUACCACACACAGAUAACCAUUAGACAAAGCAAUGACAUCUUAGCCAGGAUCCUGGCACAGAACAUACCAGUAACAAUGGCAAGUGUCACAUGAUUUAUCUAGAAUCAGGAAAGAAGGGGCAGAUGGGCAAACAACAAAGCUAUAAAGGAAUAAAAUAAUAAACCUACAAAUCACUAUUCAUGCAACACAGCUCCACAAUUAAGAAAAAUUAUAAAAAGCUGAAGCACAGAUGGCAAAGUAAUGAUUUUGAGUGGUUUGUUUGCAGAAAAACCUGCCCGACAGAUGAACCUGAUGAAUCAAAACUAAUUCACAAGCAAGUAUCAAGAGGCUGUGAAAAAACCUGCUACUUUAGUCUUGCCAGAUGUUAAACAUAGCAAACACGUCAAUGGCAGUGAUCAGUUCAUAAAUGUUAGUUUUCAAAGCGUUUUUUGUCAUCUAGUUAUGUAAAGAAAAAAAAAGUCGCUUUUUUGUUUGUUAUUCACAACAUGCUUGAAAGGUUGUAUAAAAACAAUGGGUAAUUUCUAUUAUGCUUCUUGUUUACAUAACCUUUUUGAAAUAUAAAAGACUACGAAUGUGGUUACAAAUUACAAUAAACCUAUUUUUACUGGAA